AUGACUAGCAAAAAAUAAAAUUCAUUAAUUUAAUACGAAUUAAUUUCUGCAGAAAAGGAAAAUUACAAUCGAAAUUAUUUUUAGCAAAAUUCAAAUAAAUCAAGCUUUAAAAAAAAUCAAUUAAAUCAAAAUAAACCUUUUAACGAGUUCAAUAAGCAAAAAUUAAUUUAAUAGGAAAUUUGGCUUCCAGAUUAUUCUAAUAAUUUUACAAGAACAGUUUUAGAAAAGCUCGGUGAUUUUAUUUAUGAUGAAAAUGAUGAUUUUAAUUAAGAUUUAUAAUAUUUAUCGCCAAUUCAAAUAGAAUAAAAUGUAUAUUAUAUAGGUUAAUGGAAAAAUAACUAAAGAUGUGGCAGAGGAAAAUAAAUAUGGCCAGAUGGAUCUAUAUAUGAAGGUUACUGGUAAAACGAUAUGGCAAAUGGAAGAGGAAGACUAAUACAUGGAGAUGGCGAUGUAUAUGAAGGUUAAUGGAUAGACGAUAAAGCACAUGGAGAUGGUAUUUAUAUACAUAGGGAUGGUGCAAGUUAUACAGGGUAGUGGUAUAAGGAUAAAUAACAUGGGUUGGGUAUUGAAAGGUGGAUAGAUGGUUCUAGUUAUUAAGGAAUGUAUUAUAUGGGGGCAAAACAUGGAGAAGGAAUUUUCUCAUGGGCUGAUGGGAGUUAAUAUCAUGGAAAUUUUUAGAAUAAUGAUAUUGAAGGGAUAGGAUAAUAUAGGUGGAGUGAUAACAGAAUUUAUAUGGGAGAUUGGAAAUGCAAUAAAAUGCAUGGGGAAGGAUAGUUUUUUUGGCCUGAUGGAAGAAAAUAUGUAGGGGAAUAUUUUGAGGAUAAAAAAUAAGGUUAUGGAGAGUUUUAUUGGCCUGAUGGGAAAGUCUAUAAAGGUUAUUGGUUUAAUGGAAAGUAACAUGGGAAAGGUAAAUAUAAAAAUACAAAUGAUAUUGAAAAAGAAGGAGUAUGGUAUGAAGGAUAGAAAAUUAGUUGA